AAAGAAUCGGUGUAGAAUACACAUGUUAAUUUUCUUUGUCUGUUAAAUUUUUUAGAUUUUGUAAAUAUAUACUUUGACAUGUGACCUUAGUAAUAAUGGGUUACAAAAAAUACAUUCUCGUGUUUCUUUUAUUCAGCAAACGAGUUCUGGCAGUGUCAGAUACAUCAUUUGAUGCCAUCAAAGAUGUACACCAACAUUUAGAUGAUGAUCAUGAUGGAAAUAUUGAUACCAAAGAAUCUGCUAAUUAUGUGGAAACAGAAUCAGAGGCUCCAGUGUCGUCAUGGCAGUCUUCUUUUCAUGAAGAUGACUCCCAAGUAUCUGUUGAUGAUUUAUGGAGAAAAUGGACGAAGAGUAAAGUUUAUAAAUGGAGUAUCAAUGACGUCAUUCACUGGUUGAGAAAUACUGUGAAGUUGCCAGAAUAUGAGAAAUAUUUUAUUCAAAAUAAAAUUGACGGUACAUUAAUUCCAAGACUUGCAACUCCGAAAACAAAUUUUGUUCAAAAAGUGCUCAAAGUAGGAAACGCCAAUCACCGUAAGAAGAUCUAUCUUCGUGCAACUGACCUGGUGUUGUUUGGACCUCCUGAAGAUGAAAAAGUAGAGUCAACAAAAUUAGAAAUGGAUAAAAAUUUUCUUGCUAUCAAAGCUGUACAUGCACACCUUGACGAUGAUAGAGAUGGGAAUAUUGAUACAGAUGAAUCAGUAGAGUACAUGCGAGAUGAGUUGGAAGAAACGAGCACGAAACGUAUUUCCAUCUUUCAUAAUAACGACAAUGAAAUAUCUGUGGACGAUUUAUGGAAAAGUUGGCAAAAAAGCGAGGUCUACAAUUGGACAACAGAUCAAGUUAUUCAAUGGCUGAAAAUUACCGUUGGUCUUCCUCAAUACGAGAAGAAUUUUCGCGAAAAGAAUAUUGACGGAAAGAGCAUUCCUAGAAUUGCAACCGAUACAACGCAUUACUUACAGAAAGAAUUAGGUGUGUCUAACCCAACGCAUCGUCGAAAGAUUUACUUGCGAUCAUCAGACAUUAUUCUAUUUGGUGUGCCAGAAGUUCGCCAAAGUUAUUUUAACGACACGAUUGUACUCAUCGUUGUUUUGCUCGCUUCUCUCGUGUGCGUGUACUCGUUUCGUGAACGCACACGCACGCGUAAGUUGAUGGAGCAUAUGUCCAAAGAUAUGGAAUCGCUGCAACAAGCUGAGUCGACCCUGAAGAAUAUGCAAGAAUCACUUGAAGAUCAAAGGAGACAAAGUGGAGAGGAUAAUUCUGAUAGAGAACGCGAGCUGCUUGAAGAGAUUGAAUCAGCAAAAAAAGAAGCCGAAAGACUUCGCACAGAGAGAGGUAAAAAUCAAGAAGAAAAAAUUAAAUUAUCACUUGUCGAGCAAGAGCUCUCCGAAGUUCGGUUAGCGUUAGCUAAAGCUGAGUUGGAGAUGAAUCAUUGCCGGCUGCGCUCACCGAAAGCGUUACAGCAGUGGCUUCAAAUGACAUACAAGAAAGAAGCGGAACAUUUUCAAUACAAAAAGCGAAUCGCGCUUACUCAAAUGGAGGAGGCGAAAGAAGCGUGUGACAAAGUAAGCAAGACAAGACGCUCUGUUUUUGGUUCGUUACGUUUAGCGCAUGGUCAAACUAUCGAUUCUGUGGAUCAAAAGAUACUUGACGCGCGGAGUGCUUUAGCAGAAGUAACGAACGACCUGCAAGAGCGUCAGGUCCGGUGGAGAAAUAUCGAAGAAAUCUGUAACUUCAAUAUCGCUAAUGAUGGGUUGCUUGCUGCUAAAAAAAUCUCUGAAAGGAAGAGUUCGAUUGGCCAAUAUUUGGCAGACGUUGCAUCUUUCGGUUUAAACUCUGUUCCAUGUAAAGAAUCUCCUCGGUCAAUUCGUAGAAACAGUGGCCAAGAGAAUAAUUUAACUGAUUCCGAGGUUGAAAACCUCACUUCGAAACGCGCUAAUGUAAAGGAGACAGAAUACACGUCGAGUCCUGAAAGUGAAAAAUCUAGUAAGAACAAUAUAUCAGAAGGUCCACAACCUUCUGCGUCGUUGAUCCAAGAAAGUAAAACAUUCAAAAUAGGUCGAGACUCGCCAGUACAGUUCAUCGAGAGCGGGAAAGACGAGUCGAACCAAGGGAGAGAUAUGUUGCGAUCUGCUUCGGAUUAUACACCACUUCAUCGAAGCCCUGAGAGGGUGAUAAUGCGCGCGCAGACGGAACCGAAUAACAUGUCUCGGAUGGCCUUUAUGAAUGGAAAAUUUAGGCAAACAUCCGAACAACGAAAAAACGAGAAUAGAAAAUCGCUUGAUGCUGAAAAGGAGUACAGUGGUAGCAGAAUUGCGGAAUUUAUAAGUUCGCAGGAACUUAAUCGUAGUGCAAACAAUUCUGAUUGCGAAGACAUUUCUUAUUUAUCGGAUGACUCGAUCUCGUCGAGUGCUUCAACGGUUCAUUCGAAGAAGAAACGCGUGAAGGGAUCAUCAAUCCGUAGAUUGUUUAAUCGCAAAUCGAAGUCUGAGAAAUUCGCUAGUUGAUAGUUCAUUCACUUCAGAGUUUACCGAUAUCAACAUUUUGUUGAAUCGAACAGUGAGAAAUUUUACAUCCGAUAUGUUUUUAAUAGGUUUUGUUCUGAAGUUUAAAGAUAAAAAACUAGUAACUAAAUUA